UUCCGCUGCUGCUGUUUCCACCGCGUGAACAUUAAGUGUCGCCGCUGUUUGUUCUUAAUCUCCGAAACGCUGAAGCCUGGAGGAAAGGCAGCCGCCUUCGAGGGUUGGACCCCACUUUCCGUCGUCCCAUCCUCAGCGACUGCAGCCUCCUGAGGUUCUUCAGUAGCAGCUUUGCGUUUCAAGCCUUUGUUUCCGCUGCCGCCGCUCUUUUCCCCGGCCUUCGCCAUGGUAUUUUUGCUCCUUGUGGUCUGUACGGAAACGGAAGUAGCUUUCUCCUCCGACCCCCGUCUUUAAGCUAUUACUUCCUGGGUCGGAAAGUUCUUAAAGGGAAAUGUAUAGUUUUGUGAGAUCUAGCGGUUUAAGAAGGUGCUGAAAUUUAGGCUUAAGGAGAGUUUAGGGAGCUUGCCCAGCCGUGUGAACAAUGAAAUGAUGAGUUGGUGGAAUACGUUAUUGAGCGUUUUCCGUGUGCCGACCCCCUAAAACCUAAGAACAAAACAAUCUUUGAAGUAUAGAGAGUUUACAUUCUACUAGAGACAAAAAUGAGCUCCCAAAUAAUUAGUGUGGUAAGCUAUUAAUAUUAAGUAGUGCACGGUGUGGAAAGAAUAGAACAGUAUAAAAGAAGAUGAGGGGAUAGAGGAGCAGAUUACAACUCUUAAAUAGGAUUCUCAGAGUGGGCUUCAUUAUUGAGCAGAGAUUUGAAGGAGGUAAUGGGGCAUACUAUGCAGUUAACUGGGGGAAGAUCUGUUAAUCUGAGAAAAGCUGUCCAGGCAAAGGAAACUUACAGCUCCAGGGCUCCUAGUCAGUAGCAAGCCUAGCUUGUUCAGGAAACACCGUGGAAGCCAGGAGUCAAAUGAGAAAGGAGGAGAGUAAGUGCUGGCGGGAGUGGGGUGGGGGUUAGGGUGCCAGAUUGUGUAGGGUUUUGUAAGGACUUUGGCUUUUAUGUGACGUGAAGAUUUCUUGGAGGAUUUUGAGAAAAGGAAUGGCGUGACCUGACACAUUUUAAAAGCAUCACUCAGACUCUUCUCUUGAGAAAGGACUGUAGGGGAGGGAAAGUGACAGGAGGGGCGAAAUGAAUGUCAUGAACCAGGGUGGUUCUAGUGGAGGUGGUAAGAAGUGAUCAGAUUCUUCCUACGAUUGAAUAAAAGGCAUGAGAGAAAGAGAAGAAUCUUGGAUGACUCCAAGAUUUUUUAACCGAGUGACUGGAAGGAUGGAGUUACCAUCAAUUGAGAUGGGAGAGACUUCAUGUGGAGCAAGUUUGAAGGUGAAUGUUCAGGAGCAAAGCACUUGAUGAAGUAAGCUGUGGAUCCUUUAAAGAGGCAGAUGCAUGAAGUUGGAAGCAGUGAAUAUGCAGGGUACAUCAAGUUGAUUGUGGAGAUUUAAUCCGCUGCUGCUGAGGCUGCUGGGAGAGAUUUCCCUUUCUCUUCCUUGUUCGCACAGCUCCUGGCGUUCAGCUUUGGAUUUGGCCCCGCCUCUGCAUGCUCAGUGGCCACGGCUCACGGGCCCAGCCGCUCCACGGCAUGUGGGAUCCUCCCGGACCGGGGCACGAACCUGUGUCCCCUGAAUCGGCAGGAGGACUCUCAACCACUGCGCCACCAGGGAAGCCCCUGUUUUUUCUUUUUCUUUUGCCCUACCCAGAAUGAUGAGAUGGAUCUUGUCCGAACUGGCUAUGGGAAGGAUAUGGUAAAAGUUCUCCAUAUUCAGCGCGAUGGAAAAUAUCACAGCAUUAAAGAAGUGUCAACUUCAGUGCAACUUACUCUGAGCUCCAAAAAAGAUUACCUGCAUGGAGACAAUUCAGACCUCAUCCCUACAGACACCAUCAAGAACACAGUUCAUGUCCUGGCAAAGUUCAAAGGCAUCAAAAGCAUAGAAACUUUUGCUGUGAAUAUCUGUGAGCAUUUCCUUUCUUCUUUUAACCAUGUUAUUCGAGUUCAAGUCUAUGUGGAAGAAGUCCCUUGGAAGCGUUUUGAAAAGAAUGGAGUUAAGCAUGUCCAUGCAUUUAUUCAUACUCCCACUGGAACACACUUCUGUGAGGUUGAACAGUUGAGGAGUGGACCUCCAGUCAUUAAUUCUGGAAUCAAAGACCUCAAAGUCUUGAAAACAACCCAGUCCGGAUUUGAAGGAUUCAUCAGGGACCAGUUCACCACCCUCCCUGAGGUGAAGGACCGGUGCUUUGCCACCCAAGUGUACUGCAAGUGGCGCUACCACCAGGACAGAGACGUGGACUUCGAGGCCACCUGGGACACUGUUAGGGACGUUGUCCUGAAGAAAUUUGCUGGACCCUAUGACAAAGGCGAGUACUCGCCCUCUAUCCAGAAGACCCUCUAUGACAUCCAGGUGCUCUCCCUGAACCAGGUUCCUGAGAUAGAAGCUAUGGAAAUCAGCCUGCCAAAUAUUCACUACUUUACCAUAGACAUGUCCCAAAUGGGACUGAUCAACAGGGAAGAGGUCUUGCUACCAUUAGACAAUCCAUAUGGCAGAAUUACUGGUACAGUCAAGAGGAAGCUGACUUCAAAGCUGUAACAUUGUGGCCACCAGUGGGAGUCCAUUCUCAGUUGAGGCAUUCCUUAAGCCACUUGUGAUGCUGGAAAUCAUAGUGUGUAGACCUGCAAAAUUUCAACUAGUAUGUUGAUUUAUAGCGUUCAUUUCAUGCCUACAUGAAAGAAUUCUUCUAUACUAGCUCAGCAAGGUGUUUCAGAAUGAGUAAUUAUAACAUGCUUUGUGGACACAGUUUACUUCACAAAUGCUGAGCAGUAUUAGAAUAAUCAUAAAUCAAUAUUUCAGUGGUCUUGUUCCUUCCUAUCUUAGAGAAGUUUUAAAAUCCAUUCAUUAAGAAGAUAAUCAUGAAUCAAUGGAGGUGUGUUACCAGUUAAUUUUGUGCACAAAUUUAAGAAGUCAGCAUUGUUUUCAUCCUACUGAUGCUAAAACUUGCUCCUUGGUAAUGCAGAAAAUGUAAUGAUAAUAUCAUAUUUUGGAAAAUAUCACCAUUGUGACUUCAAUUAGACGAAUACUUAAGUCCUUAAGAAUGCUCUAGCAUAUGUAUCAUUGGGAGUACAUUUCCACUCUAAAAGUACUUUUGUAAUCUUAAUGUAUUGGUUUUAUGACUUUUACAACCCUUAAAGAAUAUUUAGUAUACACUGAGGCACUGAAAAAAGUGUAAAUGGUUUGUCUUUGAAGAAUGCAUCACUUUGGCACAAAGAGCCACAUUUAGUAAGUGGUAAGUCAAUACCCAGGUGGUUGAAUAUACAUAUAGAAAGACUAGAGACUAUAUUUAUGAAAAUAUCAGCAAUGAUGAUUUCUGGAUGGGGGGAUUAUGAGUGAUUUUUAUUUUUUUUGUCAUGUGAUUUUCACAUUUAUUAAUUUUAUAAUCAGGGUAAUAAAUUUAA